AUGUUUACUAUCGAAACUAAAUUUAAAAAAUUUUUUUUUAAUAUUUUUCUUUUAUUAUUUAUUAUUAUUAAAAUAGAAGGAAAAAAUUAUACAAUUGAGUCAGAUAAUAUUUUGUCAAAUUUUUUAAAAGUUAGAAAAAUUACAAAUGGAUUAGUUUUGGGAAGAAAAUGUAUCCCAACAGAUGAGAAUGUUGAAGGAUAUGUUUUUUUAGGUAUUCCUUAUGCUAAACCUCCAAUAGGUCAAUUAAGAUUUCAAUUACCUGAAGAUCCAGAUAAUUGGGAUACAAUAUUUAAUGCACAAAAUUAUGGAAAUGCUUGUUUAUGGAAUUCAACAAUAACUAAUCAAAAAUUAAAUUAUACCAAAAUGGAUGAAGAUUGUUUACAAAUAAAUGUAUUUACAAAUAAAUAUUGUUUAAUUAAUUCUAAUUGUUCUGUUGCAUUUUAUAUACAUGGUGGAGCAUUUAAUUUUGACUCUCCAGUGAUAUUGAAUGAAUCAAUGAUUAUUCAAAAUUUUGCCUCACCCAAUAGAAAUGUAAUUUUUGUUACAUUUCAAUAUAGAGAGGGAUUAUUUGGUUUUUCUAAUUUUAAUCAUAAAUUAAAUUUAUCAAUACCAUCUAAUGUUGGAAUGUUUGAUAUGAUUCAUGCAUUAAAAUGGGUUAAAAAAGAAAUUAGUAAUUUUGGUGGUAAUCCAAAUAAAAUAACAUUAACUGGACAUUCUAGUGGUUCUGUAGCAGCUUCAUAUAUUUAUGCAUCACCUAAAGCUAGAGGAUUAUUUAAUCAGGUAAUGUUAAUGUCUGGAACAAGACCAAAUUUAUUAUUUGUUGAUGGUAAUCAAAAUAUUAGUAGAACAAUUGCUAUUGAAGUUGGAUGUGCUUUUGAUGUUACUGAUUGGGAAAAUAUUAAUGAUGUUGAAGAUGUUAUUAAAUGUCUUAAAAAUAUUGAUGGUGUAAAAUUAGUUAGUUAUCAAGCAUUAGUAGAAACGUUUGGCUUAAGAUUACAAGGAACAUAUCAAGAUUUUGGACCAAAUUCAUUUUUUGAAAGAAGUCUCCUAGAAUUAAAUGAUGAAUUGCCUAAAAUGAAUAUUUUAACAGGAACUGUAAAAGAAGAACAAUCUGAUGGAUUGAGUACAAUUGAAUCUACUAAAAAUGGUACAUCAUAUGUUAAUAAACAAAAACUUCAAGUUCUUUGUCAAUAUAUUUUUGUAAUAACACAAGUUGAAAAUUAUAAUGAUGCAAUAGAAGCAUGUAUUAAUGAAUAUAGUUCUGAUUUAUAUCGAGCAAAACACAUAAUAGAUGAUAUAAAUUUUUUUCUUCCUCAUUUAAGAGAUGCCAGAAUUGCUACAAAAAUGUUAUCAAAAGCAUAUUUAUAUCAAUUUAAUUAUUCUGUUCCAUAUCAAGUAAUUGACUUUAAAAAUGAAAAAACGAUUCGACCUAAUGAUUCUCCAAGACAUUCUGAUGAACUUGUUUAUCUCUUAGGUCUUCAUAUGGGUAUAUUUGGUGAUAAAGAAAGAAUAAUAGCAAAAAAAUUUUCACAAAUUAUUGUUGAUUUUAUUAAUAAUGGUGAUCCAAAUUCUAAAGAUAUUAAAUUUGAUUCAUUUAAUCCAUCAUUAAACAAUUAUUUUGUGAUAGAUUUUGAUGAAAAUUAUACAAUGCCUGGAAUGGAAAAUAAUUAUCAUAGUAGAGCAGAUGACUUUUGGAAUAAUAAAAUACCAAAAAUUCAAGGUAAAUCAAUGCCAAUAUUACUUGAAAAAUCUUUUAUUGAAAUGACACCAUUAAUUAAUGAAUUAGAAGACGGUAUAAUUUAUCCACAAGUAUCAUAUCCAUUAACUUAUUAUAAAAAUUCAACUCCACCAAAAAAAUUAAAAGAUAAACAAUUAGCACAUACUUUACUUCCAUUAAUAUUAACAACUAUUAAUCCAUUAAGAGAAGAUCAAUCUGAAUCCCUUGGGACAGUUGCUACAAUAUCCAUGAUAAUUUUUGGUACUCUAAUAACUGUUUUAAUAGUAUCAUGUAUCAUGAAAUGUUUAAAAUAUUUGGAAAGAAGAAAAUACGAUAGAUUUUUGUAA